CCCAGUGAAUUUUGAUCCUCCCCUGAUUCGGAUCCACUAAUCCACUCCAAAAGAGAAGAAAAAAAAAGAAUAUGGUAAUCGGAGAUGCGGCGGCGAACGUGGUGCAGCUGGCCGGGCUCAGCGCCGGAGCACUAAUCGGACUGAUAGUGAGAGCGGCGAACAACGCCCGAAUGCACAGAAACAACUGCAAGAAGUUCGCGCAGCACUUGAAGAUGAUCGGAAACCUUCUGGACCAGCUCAAGAUCCGGGACCGCCCAGGUGACCAGACCCGGGAGCCAUUGGAGGAGCUGGAAGAUUCUCUGAGAAGGGCUUACGUUCUGGUGAAGAGCUGUGAAGAAAGGAGCUACCUUUACCUCAUCGCCAUGGGAUGGAACAUUGUUUAUCAGUUCAGAAGAUCUCAGGAAGAGAUUGAUCGUUACUUGAAAAUCAUUCCCCUCAUUGCUCUUCUUGACAAUGCUAAACUCAAUAGAAGGGUAGAAGAGAUUGAGAUGCACAAGUGUGAGUACACGUUAGAAGAUGAAGACAUGAAAGUACAAGCUGCGAUUUCAAAUCCGCAGCCUUCAAGAAAUGACAGAAACCUGUUGAUCAAGAAUCUGUCCCGUUCUUACCCAAACUUGCCUGUCAAUGAAGCACUUGAGAGUGAGAGCAAGAAGCUCAAGGUUGAACUACAACAGUCACGAGCUAAUAUGGACCACAACGAAUGUGAGGUUAUUCAGCGCCCCAUUGAGGUCACCGAGAAUGUUUCAACUACUCUAAGAUCUUCAGAUUGUCCCAAGAACAUCGAGAGUGACCCCAAGCUCAAAGAGACUCAUACAACCGAAAGAGUUGUGGGAGGGCACGAAUAUGGAUCAGCUAAGAGACCGAGUUGGCGGGAAGAAUGGCACGCCGAUCUACUUGGAUGCUGUUCUGAGCCAUCAUUGUGUGUGAAAACUUUCUUUUGGCCAUGUGGAACUCUGUCAAAAGUUGCAUCCGUAGCAACUGGGAAACAAACCACUUCAGGAGAAGCUUGUGGAGAAAUAAUGACAUAUUCUAUAUUCUUAGCGUGCUGCUGUUACACAUCCUGCAUCAGGGUAAAACUCCGUAGGGUUCUCAACAUCAAGGGAGGUGCAGUUGAUGACUUCUUUUCGCAUGUGUUGUGUUGUUGUUGUGCACUUGUGCAAGAAUGGCGGGAAGUCGAGAUCCGAGGAGCUUAUGGACUAACAAAGGGUGGCAUGAUCCCUCCCCCAUCUCAACACAUGGGAUACUAAAGAUUGCUUGGCCUUAGCUACAACUUGUUUGUGACGGUUUCACGGUAAGAAAUGAAACGAACAUUAUCCAACAUCUUCAAGUUUUCAAUAUUACUCUCUUCAAUCACUUGUUCCUCUUCAUGCAUGAAUUACACAUUUAGAAGUUGAUAAGGGUAUAUUAGUAGAAAAACAUACUAGUUGGCAUAUCAAUUUAUGAAAAAUCUUACAUACGUCUUCAUAUUUUUCUUGAUCCCAUUGAAGUUGCCGGAACCACAUUUAGUGCAGGAACUCGACUUUUGGAUUCAUAUCGUUCUAAUUUAUUUUCUGACAUGGUGGAAAUCUUAAUUCGCGGAGGAGAUUGAGUUUGACUUCUCGGGAUCAAGAAACAUAGGAAAACAUAUGUGUGAUUUUUUCAUAACCCAGUGCGCAAACUUGUACGUUUCUCCAUUAAUAUGCUUUUUAUGAACUUCUCGACGUGUAUUUCAUGCCGGAAGAGGAACAACCGAUUGAAGUCAUGUCGAGAAUUUGAAGAUGCUGGAGAGCGUUCAUUUCGGUUUUUUGCCACUCUCUUCUACUACUCACAUGGAUAAGUGGGUUUAUAGUGCAUGUAUGAUAGAGAGUAUGUUGAACUUCUUGAUUAGCAGCAAGACCACUCUUUAAGAUCUUGUGAGAUACUCACCUUCAAAUAGUUAACAUUAAAGUUUAUUUUCUUUG